GUGCAGCCGACCCACAAUGAAGCUCUUCUCCUUCCUUUCCCUCGCCCUUCUCUCCGUGUCCGGCGCUCUUGCCCAGAGCAUCGAGAUCGGCGCUCCGCUUCCCAAAUCCAAGCUCGAAUCCGGCUGCAACUUCACCGUUGAGGUGGACCGACCGGACACACUCACUGGCUCAACGGAGGUCGCCAUCGCAAUUGCCCUGAAAUCCAACACCGCGCCGUACGGCAUCGGGGACUUGCUCUACAUUGGCUCGUACAACCCACAGUUCCACACCGGCGCUGCGUGGUACAAGCCCCCGCAUCAAAACUUCUCCGUCAAGGUGCCGAAAGACCUGGCUCACGGGCCGGCGCUGUUGAGCGUGCAGCAUUGGUCCAUCGUCGGCGCGAGCCAAUGGUCGCUUCUGGAGUCCAAGAACAUCACGGUGGUGGUGACCUGAUGAUCCCUGCGUGCAAUUGUCCCACCUUGAAUUCAGAGAAAGAAAAACAAAUAGUUACAGAUAUUGUACGCAGGAUAAAUGAAACUUGUGUUACAGAAAA